AUGGCAACAGUGGAGAAAUAUGUGAAGGACAAGAAGAAAAUAGAUGCAAUGCUACAGCGAAACCUGAAGCUAGCACAGAAAAGAAUGAAGAGGUAUGCAGAUGAACAUAGGAGUGAAAGGAAGUUUCAAGUGGGAGAUUGGGUCCACCUCAAGUUACAACCUUACAGGAAAACCACUGUGGUACUGAGAAACAACACCAAACUAUUUGCCAAAUACUUCGGUCCCUAUCAAGUUGAAGAAAAGAUUGAAAGUGCGGCUUACAGGCUUAAACUACCCGCUGAAUCAAAGAUACACCCUGUGUUCCAUGUAUCUCUAUUGAAGAAGAAACUGGGAGGAAAGGCAUCCCCUGUGCCUCAUCUGCCAGCUACUGACGAGAAGGGGCAACUUAGGGUGGAGCUAGUGGCAUUGCUAGGUUGA